CCCUGAGCUCUCUCUCUCUCUCUCCUCCCCCUCUCUUUCUCUCUCUUCCUUUCUUCGAUCCGAAACCUCACACUCUUCAGAUUACGUCGUUCUCAAACUCUCAGAGAUCCCUCUCUCUCUUUCUCUCUUCUAACUUUCCCUUGCGAUCUCUCCAAUCCUUCUUCCGGUUUCGAUCGGUUUUCUCUUUCUCUCUCCUCAAAAAAGCCCGCACAAAAUUUUUUUAGGGUUUCCACGUACCCUUGAAAACCUGUUUCAUCCCAGGUUGUCUGAAAUUAGUUUGAAUGACCUUGCAACGACAGUUAAAAUAUGACAUCAAGUAUGUUGUCUGGAGAUCGAAGGUGGGCUUCUUCGACCAGAAGAGGGGGCAUGACUGUUCUGGGGAAGGUGGUUGUUCCAAAGCCUAUUAACUUACCCAGUCAAAGGUCAGAAAAUCAUGGUCUGGACCCUAAUGUGGAAAUUGUACCCAAAGGUACCCUUAGCUGGGGUAGCAAAUCAUCUUCUGCAUGGGGUUCCUCAUCUCUGUCUCCAAAUACUGAUGGAGGUGCUAGUUCACCUAGUCAUCUCAGUGGCCGCCCUUCCUCUGGAAGUGGGACUCGCCCAUCAACUGCAAGCUGCGAUAGAGCCUAUGAACCUACCGCUAAUACCUAUGGUCCAAAUUCUAGGCCAUCAUCAGCUUCUGGGGCACUGACAUCAAACCAGACAUCACUGAUAUCGUUGCGCCCCCGCAGUGCUGAAACAAGACCUGGGAGUUCACAGUUGUCACGGUUUGCCGAACACUCUGAACAUCCAGUCGCAUGGAGUUCUGCUGGGACUGCAGAAAAAUUGGGAGUGACACCAGCCAAGAAUGAUGGGUUUUCACUUACUUCUGGAGACUUUCCAACUCUUGGUUCAGGAAAAGAAAGUUCUGGAAAGAAUGGGUCGAGUUCUCACAGCCGUCCGAGCUCAUCCUCCAGUGGAGUGGGAACUGGAAAGGAGAGGAUUGAGGCUCCUGCAAGUGGUGAUAUGUCUGCUAGUGAAAAUUUUAAAAAUGGUACAGCAAAUUCUUGGAAAAGAGAUGAUCCAUCAUACGGUGAAGAUGGAGGUAGACCAGGCAUGGAGAAGUGGCAAGGGAAUCCUCAAACUUACCCUGCCCCUCCACAGAAUUAUGAUGCUUGGCAUGGUACGCCAAUGAAUAAUCCUCAAGGUGGUGUUUGGUUUAGAGGACCGCCUCCAUAUGGAAAUCCCGUUGCUCCGGCUGGCUUUCCCAUGGAACCGUAUUCCUAUUACCGUCCGCAGAUUCCAGCUACUGGUAUUCCCAACCCACAGCCAGUUCCCCCUCCUGGAGCUGGACCAAGAGGACCUCAUCCUAAAAAUGGGGAUAUGUACAGACCUCAUAUGCCAGAUGCUUACGUUCGACCAGGUAUGCCAAUUAGGCCUGGUUUUUAUCCUGGUCCAGUAGCCUAUGAGGGUUACUACGGUCCUCCCAUGGGCUAUUGCAGUUCAAAUGAACGAGAUGUGCCAUUUAUGGGAAUGGCAGCUGGUCCUGCGGUCUAUAACAGGUACUCAGGCCAAGGUGCCCCUGAGCCUGGAAAUUCCCAUGGCAGAUAUGCUAACAACCAGAGCCAGAUAGGAGAACAGUUAGAAUCUGGUCAACCUCAGGAUAAUCGAGGGCCAUACAAGGUCCUUUUGAAGCAGCAUGAUGGUUGGGAUAGAAGAAACGAGGAACAUAGGAGAGAGGGUGCUGUAACCAACAAUUCAUCGAGGGGAGACCAACUGAGAAUAUCUUCCUGGGAAAAUGAUUGGAGAUCAGAUUGCAAGAAGGAUGUGGAGAGCAAUACAAGGAAAGAACCUUCUGAUGAAGCUUCUUUUGAGACUUUUGACAACCAUGGUCCUCCUUCAGUUCCUGUCAAAGUGAAGUCCCCUGAAGGUGGUGGAAACGGUAAGGCUGUCGAUGACAUUUCUGAGAAGAAAUUGGAAAGUGAAUCCUCUGGUGGGUCGAAAGCUUCACAACCACAUGCAACUGCCCCAAAAGAUUCCAGUCUGAUCAAGAAGAUAGAAGGAUUGAAUGCAAAAGUACGGGCUUCUGAUGGGCGUAGUGAAACCAUGACUGUUUCCAGCGGUGAAAAUCAAAGAAAUAAAUUUCAAGCUAAUGCUAAAGCUAACCAGAAUACCAAUGAAGCUGGUCGUGGUCCCUCGUAUUCUGAGAGAACUCAUACCGCUGAAAUUACCCACCCCAUCUCUCAUGAAGUAGGCAUUUCUCGUGGAGAUAAAAACUUUGAUUCAACAGCUGGCACCGGAACAAACAUUUCCAGGAGAUCAACUCAUGGCAUGCAAUCCAGAGGUGAUCAUUAUGGUAGAGGAAGAUUGAAAACACAAGAGGCUGAGGGCUGGCAAAAAAAGCCUUCAAUUCCAGAGCCAACAGCUGCGGUGUCAGCUGUGCAUUCAGAAACUUCUAUUCUUCACUUGCACGAUCACCAUGGAUCUACUGAGGCGACAGAUAAUUUAGGUUCACAUUCUCAUGGCAAGCUUGAGGGACAAUCUGUGUCACCGAUGUUUGAGCAAAGUGACAACCAUGCACAGCGAGCUAAGAUUAAGGAGCUAGCCAAGCAACGAACCAAGCAACUACAAGAGGAAGAGGAGGAGAGGAGUAAGAAGCAGAUGGCCAAGGCUCGGGCAAAGUUAGAAGAAUUGAACAGGCGGACUCAAGCAGUUGAAGGGUCAACUGAGAAGCUAGAAAAUGCUUCUACUGGUGCUGUCCAGACCAAGCAAGAAGAAUCUGAGACUUCCAGUGAAUCAUCAGUCGGUGCCAGGAGAUAUGGGCCCCCAAAGUCUGCUUCAAAGUCUGCUUUGGGUUCUAAGUCAAAUGUAGUUGCUGAGGUUAAUGUGAGCUACAGCACUGGAGUUGAAAACCCCUGUUUACCAAGCAGUCAAGUACCUUCAGAGGCUCCAAAGAGUGCCACUGGGGAACCUCUAAUGAUGCAGGCUCAAUCUGCACCCUUGCAGCAAGAGGUUAAUGGUGCCAACACUGUCCACAAUAAUGCUCCUCAAGUUCAUGAAAGUAAUGUCUCUAAGCAAAAGCGUACAGGUUUUAAACAAAAGCAGUCCACCAAUGUAACUGAGGCGCCCAGAACUCACACAGAUGUAGAAGAUAAUGCUACUGCAUCUGUUGGAGUUGUAGCCAAUGAAGUUCACCCAAGUGGUGGCUCAACCUUGCCCGUAAAUUCAAAUGCCAGUGCUGACUCCUCUCUGCAUCCAAGAAGGAAGAGCAAGAAUACUAAGAACAAGCACAAAACCGAAGAUAUAUCUGCUUUAUCAUCAAUAGGAUCAAAAGAAAACGUUGCAAAUGUUUCUCAGGAAAGUGGUCCUCCAAAGGCAUCCGAACGUCAGUUAGAUCCUACUGCGGCAGUUCAGAUGCAGAACAUUCCUAGAGGUGUUGAUCGGUCUUCAGAGCAACAUCCAUCUUCACCAAAUGAAGACUCCCACGGUAGAGUAAACAGCCAUUGGAAACCUCAGCAGUCUCGCAGGAUGCCAAGAAAUUCACAAAACAGUAGAACUGCUGAAAAGUUUUAUGGUAGUGAUACUGCUGUUUGGGCACCAGUUCGAUCCCACAACAAAGCUGAGGCCACUGAUGAAGCCAGCCCUAAGAACACGGUGGAUGGUGUUGGUCCUUCUGUGAAGUCCGAUAAUGUGCAGAUUAAUCCAAAAAAUAAGAGGGCAGAGAUGGAGAGGUAUGUUCCAAAACCUGUAGCAAAAGAAAUGGCGCAGCAAGGAGGUAGUAAUCAUCAGCCUGUGGCUUCUGUAAUCAAUCAGACUACAACCGAUGACUCUAUUCCAAGGGCAGGUAUUGGUUCUCAAGGUAAUGAAAGUUCUAAUAAUGUUGGCACGGUUCUUGGGAAGGCAGAGUUUUCUGUGGAGUCUCGGAAUGGGAAUAACAGGCACAAUAAGCAGGGAAAAGUACAUGGAUCAUGGCGGCAGCGGGGAUCAACAGAAUUAACCAGCACACAAGGUUUGCAAGAUGGAGCAUCAUAUGCCUCAAAUGUCAAUCAGAAUGUGCAAAAAUCAAAUGAGCUUCCCCAUCCUCAGAAAGCUGAUGUAAGCUCGGUGAAAGAGCAGGAGAAUUAUUCCAAAGAGCAGGAGAAUUUUUCCGAUGAAUGGAGAACCACUGAUGACUGGGGUGUUUCACACAACUUGAACUCUGUUGAACCUGUCUCAGUACCAAUCGUAAAAGAUCAGGGAGUUACUUCCCGAGGAAAGCGACAUGCAUUUAAGGGACACAAAGGCAUGGCGAAUAAUCGUGAUGAUGAUCAAAAGAGAAGCAGUGGGGACACUGACAGAAGUCACACUCAAUCUUCAACCUCUGAGACGACUCAGGUAGACUUGCCUGCCUCUUCAAAAGAAAAUCGCGGUGUUGUUGAACAUCCAACGUCUCAUUGGCAACCUAAAUCUCAGGCUCUCUCAGCCAAUAAUCAUGGGGGAAACAGAAACAAUUCUGGUCAAAAUGUUGGUGCUGAGGCCAACAGAGUAGAGUCCAUCCAGCAUGAUGGGGUGUUACCUCAGCCAACACAUGCGAAAGAUAUUAAUGAGUCGUCAGGUCAGCUUAUUCAUGAUCAGUCAAUUUCUGAAGGAAACAAUGGCGUGGAAGAACCAAUUCACAGGCACCAAGAGUCUAGGAGAGAGAGAAAAACAGCUUCACUCAAGGGACAACCCCACUUGCCAAACCAAGGUCCUACUGAUCCAGUUGAACCUGCACCAGUGAAUUUGGAAACUAGACAGGAGCAGCGCUCAUUGUCAGGAUUCCGCAGAAGUGGAAGCCAGAACAACCGUUACAGCAGAAGUCAAGAGUCUCGUGGAGAUUGGAAUUUCUCUGGACAAGAUAACAAGCAACAUAACCCACAUCCAAACAGAGAGAGACCAAGGCAAAAUUCCCAUUAUGAAUACCAGCCAGUUGGGUCAUACAACAACAAAUCCAACAAUUCUGAAGGACCCAAAGACAGUGCCGAUAGUGCUGGUGCGAGGACCCGGGGUAGAGGCCAGAACCACUCGAGACGUGGCGGGGGAAACUUUUACGGACGGCAAAGUGGCGUUCGGGAAGAUGCUGGCUAUGAUUAGUGGGAGCAUAAGAAAAUUUCUUAAGACGAUCUGGUUUUGGUGAUAAAACCCCACUUCCAUUAUUUAGUAGUUGACCCCUAUUUCCAGGUACUCUAGAAAUGAUAUGCCCCUGUUGAAUUUUUCGAUGUCGAUAUUUGUGAAAUCAGAAGGCGACUGAUGAGUUUUGUGCAAUGAGCAGGGUGGUGGCAAAGUUGAUGAUGAUUGGCGAAAAAGCAGAUUUCCUAGUGUUUGGUGGUACUUGGAUGCGUUAUAUUUUUUAAAUUUUUAACAGAUGUAUCUGAUAUCAGACAUUGUGAUUGGUCCCGGCUUGUUUCCUGUGGAACCCUUUUGACAUGUUUGUUCGAGCCUUGUAUUUAGUGACACGCUUAUUCCUCUUACUUUACAGAGGUGAAUGAAAUAGAGAAAAGUUUUCUAGUUCUCUCAAA